CCCCCCCCCCCCCCCCUCCUCUCUCUCUCGAAAUUCUUCUCCCGAUUUCCCGGCGCCGGAACAUUCGCCGGAGGUAUUGUAUUAACCGUCGAUUAUCUUCGUCUAUCAAAGCCUCUUCUGGUAUCUAAUUUUUACUAAUACUUUUUUCUCUUCCUGUAUUAUUGGCUUGCUGAUAAUUCUACUACUCAAAACCUGAAUUUCAUACCGGAAUUUCUCCAGUUUCUGUGGGAUAAUUUUUAUUUCGCAUCGUUGAUUAUCUGUUUCUAAGGUAUAAAGGUUUUCAAUUUUUGUUUUUGUUUCAAAACCUCUCCUUCAGUAGCAUAAGCAGAUAAUCCCUUUGUUUUGUGGUUCCGGUUAGUGAAUUCUGAGUUAUUCAAGUCGAAUGCGGAUCUAGUAAUCCAAAAUUUUCGAGCUUUGAUCUUUAUAAUUCAGUUUCUACUGUUUUUUUUCCUUCCUCCCUUAGUUACUUUUUGCUGGGAAAUUGUAAUUUUCUCACUCUCCAACAGUAAUAUCCUCACUGACUUAGCUUUUAUACGUUUUGAAAUUGCUUAAUUUCUCUAGAAGGGAAGCUAUGAUUUGUUAUCACAAGAAGUCUUCACAGUUCACACACACCUGAUCUUUUCAUGUAGUCUGUGUAUUUAGCAGUUCCUUUUUCACCAAAUAGUAUUCAUUCAAAGAGAGUGGAAUAACAUACACUUAAAUAGCUCGGAGGGUUCAUCAGGAAAAAAUGGCGGAUUCCGAUAAUGACUCGGGAGGGCAUCGGGACCACAAUUCCCUGAACGAAAUCUCCCCUCGAGAGCAAGACAGGUUCCUUCCCAUCGCCAACGUCAGUAGGAUUACGAAAAAGGCGUUGCCCGCCAACGCCAAAAUAUCGAAAGAUGCGAAAGAGACGGUGCAAGAAUGCGUUUCUGAGUUCAUCAGCUUCAUCACCGGUGAGGCAUCCGACAAGUGCCAACGGGAGAAGAGAAAAACAAUCAACGGCGACGAUUUAUUGUGGGCGAUGACGACUCUCGGGUUCGAGGACUACGUGGAGCCGCUUAAGAUAUAUCUGCAGAGGUUUAGGGAUAUGGAGGGGGAGAAGACUGCCAUGGCUGGGAGAGGAGAGAAGGAGAGCAGCGGCUCCGGCGGCGGCGGCGGCGGGGGGGUGAAUAUGGGGAGUACUGGGGGUGGGUACGAGGGGAUGUAUGGCAUGAAUAUGAUGGGUCAUCAAGCAGGACCGGUUUAUGGGUACGGGCAGAUGGCGGGCGGGCCUGGGUCUGGGAAAAUCGGGUCGGGUUAUCAAAGGGGACCUGGAUCAGGUGCUGGUAGUGGGAGGCUUUACUUGCCACAUGUUGAUGAAUGAUUAAUUAGAUUGAUUGAUGAUGGGGACAUAAUACAUAUUCAAAUGUAUACCUAUGUAGUGUAAUGUAAUAUAUAAUACAUAGUUCUAUUCUAUAUAUAUAUAUAUAUAUUUAUAUUUUGCGUUUCAUAUGUAUAUGUGUACGUACGAGUUUGGUCUUUUCAUUUGGGCAAUCUUGUCUUGUUUUCUUGAUUUGUUCUAAUUAGGCGUUUAGGGGAUGUGAUCUUAUUAAUCACAAAUGUUAUUUGAUGUGAUCUUAUUAAUCACAAAUGUUAUUUGUAGUGUCUACUGUCAAUUUUACGUAUAAUAUAAUAAUUUGCACUUUCUUUUA